AUGGAUCUUAGUGACUAUGAGGAUGAAUUUGCAGAUGCCAUACCAGUACCACCUCCAUUUACCGCUUAUCCUAUGCCAAUCUCCUACCCUGCACCUCCUCCUCCUGACCCCCUUAGGACAACUACACUAGUUCCUCCAUCCCCUACCCCUGUGUCUACUACACCUUUGAAAUCCAUCCAUACCAUCAUAUCCCCUCCAGAAAACACUCUCUCUACGUUCCUUACAAACCUUACUAUCCCCGACCCUCUUCCUUCUUUCAUGAAUGAAGGACCACAACCUGCUGCACCUCAUGUUUCUGAAAUGGAUGAUGACCUUAAAAUACAAAAUCUGGAACAAAUACCUAGACGGCCCCCUAUCCCACCUUCUCCUUUUACCCCAUAUCAAAACCAGGACCCUAAGCAAUUUUUUACCCUGGAUGAUAUUCCUGUUUCUAAAUGGGCGUCUCAAAUUGCUGAUUUUCAUGCAUGGAUAAAUGCAGAACUACUUCAUGAAGGAGCUUCAACAGUCACUGUCUUGUCCAAAUUUGUUGCAAGACUCCAAGGAAAACUCAGGGAAUGGUAUUUAGCUCUUGGUUCUUACAGACAACUGCAAAUUGUACAGCUGACUGAAAGCCAGUUUAUUACCACUCUCUAUCAAGAGUUUCUUGGUCCUGUUUCAAAUGACUUCUCAAAGGCCCGAGAUGAAUUUCUCCAGAUGAAGUGUUGUUCUCUUCUUCGUCCAGAUCUUGAUAGACAUUUCUCCAGAAUGACCGACCGAUUUCAUAAAAUUGGUGGUAUUGAUGAUGAAAACUUAAAGCAAAAUCCUUAUGUAAUGUCGGCAGAUCCAUGUGGGUCAAGCACUGGAUCGGCAAUAUCAGUAGCAACGGAUUUGGUAACAGUGUCACUAGGGACAGAGACAGACGGUUCAAUCAUCUGCCCUUCCGCUUAUAACUCAGUGGUUGGAAUCAAGCCCACUCUUGGACUCACUAGCCGAGCUGGGGUUGUCCCCAUUAGUCCUAGACAGGACACCGUCGGCCCAAUUUGCCGCACAGUGUCUGAUGCAGUAUAUGUACUUGAUGCAAUUGUAGGGUAUGACCCUUAUGACAAUGCCACUGCAGCAGCAUCAAACUUCAUUCCUCCCGGUGGCUACCUCCAAUUCUUGAACCCAAAUGGACUUCAAGGGAAAAGAAUUGGAAUUUUGAGGAAUCCAUACUUCAUAUAUCCCAAUGGAUCACUCAUUGCCCAAGCUUUCCAGAACCAUUUUCAAAUCCUAAGGCAAAACGGAGCAAUUUUGGUGGGCAAUUUGGAAAUAGCAAACAUCAGCGCAAUACUAGAUUCCAAUCAAAGUGGUGAAGGUAUUGCAUUGGAGACGGAGUUCAAGAUAGCCUUGGCUUCUUACCUAUCAGGGUUGAUCGUUUCUCCGAUCAGAACAUUGGCAGAUGCGAUAUCUUUCAACCUCAAUUACUCCACCUUUGAAAUGAUCCCACAAUGGGGCCAAGAUGUGUUUCUACAGGCUGAGAACACCACGGGCAGUGGCAGUCCUGCAUAUGAAGCAGCAUUAGCAAAUAUGCAGAGUUUGACAGCUAAUGAGGUGGUGAAGUUGAUGACAGAUUAUAAGUUGGAUGCAGUGGUAACUCCCAACGCCACCUUUACCUCUGUACUAGCCACUGGGGGCUCCCCGGGAAUAAGUGUUCCGGCAGGUUAUGGACCAGAUGGUUCAUCCUUUGGUAUUUGUUUUAGUGGGUUGCAGGGUUAUGAGCCAAGGUUGAUUGAGAUUGCUUAUGCCUUUGAGCAAUUAACAAAGAUCAGAAAGCCUCCAUCCUACCUAGGUUGAGAUUACACUUUUAUAUAUUAUUAAUGUAUCAGUCAGUCCAAUCAUCCAUUGUGGUUGAAGGCUUGGAGCCAAUAAUUGAACCAUAUUCACACUGCUUAAUUGCUUGCGAAAUUGCUACUUCCACCACUCUAUUUGUUUGCUACCACGCCAAAAUUUGUUGGGGAGCGCAGAAUGCAACAUAUCUUCACUUCAGAUUUCCUCUGUAUUGUCACAAACAAAACACAACACUCCUAAAGACCGCGCGAGUCUACCCUAGACACAGAAGAUGCAGAAAGACCAUGCUGCACGGUCUGCACCAGCAGUGUAUCAUUCUCUUUAUUUAUUUAUUUUUACUUCAAAUGAAACUUUUAUUGGACUGGAACUUGAUAAAAUACCAGGAGGAUGAAUUGUGCCG